AUGAUAGUCAAGAUGAUGAAUCUGGACCCAGCAAAGGAAGGCGUAAACAGCAUUGACAGUGGGAAAAAUUUGUCCCAGUCUCAGUGUCGUAUACAUUCUGCUGUGAUUAGUGGGAUUAAUAUAGCUACAAAAAGUGUUACUGUUGAAUGGUUUGAGCGAGGAGAAACAAAAGGAAAAGAGAUUGAGUAUGAUGCCUUGUUUUCACUUAAUCCAGGAAUCUGUGAAGUGCCUAGGAAUGUUAACAAGAAGGAUGAAGAAAAUAAUCAGCUUCCUCCAAGGCCUUCUCAUGUUGUGCAACCACAAGGGUCAGUUCGAACUCGUCAGUCCUAUGCACGUGCACAGCUACAAAAUGGGUAUUCUGAGAACAAUUCCCAGGUUCCAGCUCCUAACCCUAUCAACAAUACAGUAAUGGCUCCUCCUCCUGUUCCCACAACUGGACCACUCCAACCAAUACAGAAGACUAACACAGUAGUCACCAAUGCACCAUCCCGACGACGAACAAAUGUGGUUAAAGAAGUGGACAAAAUUAAGAAACAGAGAGAAGAAAGGAGAAUGCGACAGGCAGAACAGAAAGCAGAAAAGCAAGAGCUUAUGAAUGUUGAUCCUGGAAAUCCAAAUUGGGAAUUUAUUGGAAUGAUAAGAGAAUACAGGGCUCAGUUAGAAUUCAGGCCUAUCACAAUGAAUGAUCCUGUUCAAGUCCAACAGAUUUGUGUUGCAGUCAGGAAAAGGCCUUUAAAUAAGAAAGAAAAUACAAGAAAAGAAGUGGAUGUAGUUACUGUACCAAAUAAAGAACACAUUGUAGUCCAUGAGCCCAAGCUUAAGGUUGAUCUGACCAAGUACCUAGAAAACCAAGUCUUUAGAUAUGACUAUGCCUUUGAUGAGUCAUCUGAUAAUGAUCUAGUGUAUAAAUUUACAGCUAAGCCAUUAGUUCAAACUAUAUUUGAAGGUGGAAUGGCAACCUGUUUUGCAUAUGGACAAACUGGAAGUGGGAAAACACAUACAAUGGGAGGAGACUUUCUUGGUAAAUCACAAGACUGUACUAAAGGUAUCUAUGCACUUGCAGCAAAAGAUGUCUUUAGGUUCCUGAAUUCAGCUAAAUACCAAAGUGAAGAUUUGAUUGUGACAUCCAGUUUCUUUGAAAUAUACAGUGGAAAAGUGUUUGAUCUGUUGAAUAAUAAAUCUAAAUUAAGAGUCCUGGAAGAUGGCAAACAGCAGGUACAAGUAGUUGGUCUCCAGGAAAACCUUGUAGAAUGUGUGGAUGAUGUGCUUAAGCUAAUUCAACAUGGUAACAGUGUCAGAACGUCAGGGCAGACUUCAGCCAAUCAGCACUCAUCCAGGUCGCAUGCUGUUUUCCAGAUCAUUUUAAAAAAGAGGAUGACAGGUCGACUUCACGGGAAGUUUUCCUUAAUAGACCUGGCAGGGAAUGAACGUGGAGCAGACACCUCUAGUGCAAACAGGCAGACUAGAAUGGAAGGUGCAGAAAUAAAUAAAAGUUUGCUAGCACUUAAGGAGUGUAUUCGAGCUUUGGGACAUAAAGGAGCCCAUCUACCUUUCAGAGCAAGUAAACUAACUCAGGUUUUGAGGGAUUCGUUCAUUGGAGAGAAUUCCCGAACAUGUAUGAUAGCAAUGAUUUCUCCUGGUUUGAGUUCCUGUGAGCACUCGCUGAAUACCCUCCGAUAUGCAGACAGAGUAAAAGAAUUGGGUGUGGAUAAUCCCGAAAACACUGAGAUUAGAUCUGAUCAAAAUGAAGACGAAGAGAUGAUGACACAAGAUGAUGAUGAUGAUGAUUUUGCCCUCUUGAGAUCCAAAAAUGAGGAAGAGCUUUCAGAUGAUCUUGUCACAUUCCAUGCUGCUAUAUCUCACCUCCAGAAAAUGGAAGAGGAGAUUUUGGACAUACACAAAACUGUGGUUGAUGCAAGUAAUAAGUGGUUAGAAGUUGAUAUCAGCCUGCUGAACAUGGCAAACGAAGUCGAUUAUGAUGUUGAUGCUUAUGCUCAGCAAGUAGAAGAUUUGUUAUCAGAGAAGAUUGAAGCUCUGGCAAGUUUUAAAGAAAAAGUCACCUCCUUCCGCCAACAAUUAGCAGAAGAAGAACAGAUGAGCAAGAACAUCAAACGUGUUCCAACUAAAUAAAGGGAUUAACAUAUCUCUUUCUCCUGGCCUUUUUCGUCCACUCCAACAAGAUUUAUAGAGACUCGCAUUAUUCCCCAUGGGGGACCAAUUGUAUAAAACGUGUUAAAUAGUCUUACAUUUUCACAAAUUCAAAACAGUUAGAUUUCCUUUUUACAAGACAUGUGUGUGUUUGCAUGCAAUACUUUAGCUGUCAAUCACUUCCUGUGUGGUGAGAAGCAGCAAAUCAAAGUAGAAAAAAAUAAUCACAAACUGUGACACGCGACUUCUUGCUCAUUUAGAUAGAGUAAUUUAAUAAGCAAUUUUCUAGUGGAGGAUCAUUUUAACCAAGAGAAAUUUUUUUGUUAGAAACUUAAACAAAACUGGUAUCUUUUUUUUUCACCUGGUUAACUCAUAUGCUACAAUGAAAAUCAUUUAUGUGUAUAUACACAAAAUAUUUAGCUCGUAAUAAAUGUAUCUUUAUUCAUCCCUCUCGUAGAUGGGUAAACACGUUCUAGUGAAAUAUGGACCAUCAUUUUCUGUUCUCAGUUUACUUUAAGUUCUGUGAUGAACCUUGUACAGUAGUUUAAGAAUUGUACAGCUUCCUGUUGAAUGAGAGCUUUUGCCCUCUUAAUUUUAUAUGGUGAUUUUCUUGCUUGAAAUUGUAUUACAUUCUAACCUGUUUUUAAAGGUAUCACAAAAAUUCAUUUGCUAUUUCUGAAUAAAGAUUCUAUUGUUCAAUAAAAGGUCUUUUGUGGUACAA